GCCCCCCCCCCCCCCCCCCCCAUCCAUCCCCACACAGAGCCGGUGCACGGGGCAGGCCUCGGUGCCCUCACCGCCGGCUGCCGUCUCUUUCCCGCAGGGCCCGUACCGCCGCCCUGUGCCGGCCGCUACGCACCGGCCCUCGGAGGCUGCAGGACCUUCCCGAGGCGGCGGCCGCGAAGGAGGCGGAGAACCAGAGCGUGGACGAGCUGGGCCCUUCAAUCUUGCAGAGGAACUCCAUGAGGUGGGAUGGAAAGAUCUUUGAAGAGAUCCCAAUAGCUCACAUCAAAGCUACGUACAACAACACCCACAUCCAAGUGGUCAGCUUUGACAACCAGCCAUUUGCUCGUACGUCCUGUGGCACAGAAGGCUUCCAGAAUGCCAAGAAGGGAACUGCCAUCGCGGCACAGACUGCAGCCAUGGCAGCAGCAAUGAAAGCACGUGGAAAGGGUGUAUUGCAUGUACGAGUCAUGGUGAAAGGACUAGGACCAGGACGCAAAGCUGCCAUCAAGGGUUUGACUAUGGGAGGUUUGGAGGUCAUCUCCAUCACCGACAACACGCCGCUUCCACACAACGGCUGCCGCCCACGGAAGGCCAGGAGAAUGUAGAGGGGAGUGGAAGAGACACACGGCUUUCAACAUCAGUUUGUGCCACAGUGACUGGGUUGAAUGUUGCUCCUGUGACAGAUUCUGGAAAACCACCCUCCCUGGAAAUACUUGUUGAGAGAAGCUUGAAGAACAGAGACCAUCCUGAGUCUUAAAAGCCCAGGUGGUAGAGGCUGGUGGUAGAAGCAGGAGUACGUGUACUUCCUUAGUGGGAAGCCUCUUGUGUACAAAGUUUGUUGAUUAAAAUGUUGGUCUUUUGACAGCCA